AUGGCGAAAGAUAAGCUUUGUCUAGCACGGCUUCCACAUGCGAUGAAUGACAGCAGCGACCCGCAGCGACGCCAAGACGAGCUGGCGGUGGUUCCUGGCAGCGUCAUCUCCGACGGACAUGGUGUCUUCCUAGACAAGGACACUGCCAUCGCAGCCGAGGCCAGACAGGCAUCUUUGCCGGUGUCGCCAUCGCCCGUAUCGCCGCCAUCAUCACAGUCCGCUCGAUGGCCACACACGGCGAAGCGGCUCUUUCUCCUGCUGCUCGAUCAGUGGCUGCUCAUCGGCAUGGGUGUUGCCUGCGUUCUCGGCUACUUCUAUCCCGACGUGGCCAAGAGUGGCGGCACAAUCCGAUCGCAGUAUAGCAUCCUCUACGGCGCCGUGGCCUACAUCUUCCUCAUCUCUGGCCUCAGCAUCCCGCGCGAGAAGCUGAUCGUCCAUCUGACCAACUGGCAACUGCACGUCCUCGUCCAGGGCAUGUCCUUUGUCGUCGCGCCCGCCAUCUUGACUGCCGUCCUGCGCAUCAUUGUCGCCGCCGACCAUCGCCGCGUCAUUGAUCGCGCCGUUGUCGCCGGCUACGUCCUGCUCGGCUGCCUUCCCACCACCAUCUCGUCCAACUCUGUCAUGACCCGUGCCGCCGGCGGCGACGAGGCCGCUGUGCUCGUCGAAGUCCUCGUCGCUAACCUCAUCGGCCCCUUUGUUACCCCCGCCUGGACCAUCGCCCUGCUGCCGCGCUCGUCCGACUUUGACAUCUGGCGCGGCCAUGGCGCUGACCUGCGGCCCAUGUAUGUCCACGUCUUCAAGGAGAUCGGCCUCAGCGUCCUUCUACCUCUCGUCGUCGGUCAGUCAUUGCGUUGGGCCUGGCCGGCCGUUGUCGAGUCCACAUUGACCCGCUUCUACCUCAAGAAACUGUCGACCGUCUGUUUGCUUUUGAUUACGUGGACCACCUUCUCGUCGUGCUUUGCCACAAACGCCUUUGAGCUGCUCAAGCCCGGAUGUAUCGCCUUUAUCCUGCUGUUCAACGUCGCCCUCUACCUGCUCUGGACAGCUAUCGUCUUUGUUCUGGCACGGCCACCGUGGCGGCCUUGGCCGUCGUCUCGCCUCGGCCGCGCUCUCUUCACAAAGGUCGAACCGCUCGAGACGAUCGCCAUCUGUUUCUGUGGGCCGGCCAAGACGACCGCUCUUGGCAUUCCCCUGCUCAACGCCAUGUGGAUCACCGUCGACCUGUUGCCGCGGUCGACUGCAUCCAUUCCGGUCCUCAUGUUCACUACCGAGCAGAUAUUUGUCGCUCAUUUCAUGGUCUAUGUCUUUCGCCGCUGGCUCGCCCGCACGCCGAAGUUGGAUGAUGAGUUAGGACAGGAGACGACCCUGGAGGCUUCAUAG